CUUCCUCUUUCCUCCGACGUCCUUCCUUCCCCUUUUCUCCUCUUUCCCCCCCUUUUCUCCUCCCCAGAGAAGCAGCUCCCUGAAACAAAGAACGCGGGCUCUCCAGGCAUCAGCGCCUAAGCCCAGCACACUGCCAGCGGCAGCUCGUUCCGGGGACCAGGGCUCUCCCGCUCCGCAUCCCCUCCCCAACCUCCCCCGCCUCCCGCGCUCGCUCGCUCCCUCCCCGCUCGCUUCCUCCCCCACCUUCGCGGCGCUGGGAGGAAGGCGGCCCGCGCUCAAGAUGGCUUUAGCCGGGCUCUGCGCCCUGCUCGCCUGCUGCUGGGGGCCGGCGGCGGUGCUGGCCACGGCCGCCGGCGACGUGGAUUCGUCCAAGGAGCUGGAGUGCAAGCUCAAAAGCAUCACGGUGUCGGCGCUGCCCUUCCUGCGCGAGAACGACCUGAGCAUCAUGCACAGUCCCUCGGCCUCUGAGCCCAAGCUCCUCUUCUCGGUGCGCAACGACUUCCCGGGAGAAAUGGUCGUGGUGGACGACCUGGAGAACACGGAGCUGCCCUACUUCGUGCUAGAGAUCUCAGGGAACACGGAGGACAUCCCUCUGGUGCGCUGGAGGCAGCAGUGGCUGGAGAAUGGCACUUUGCUUUUUCACAUCCAUCACCAGGAUGGCGCCCCGAGCCUCCCCGGACAAGACCCCACUGAGGAACCCCAGCAUGAGUCAGCAGAAGAGGAGCUGAGGAUCCUCCACAUCUCAGUCAUGGGUGGCAUGAUUGCUCUGCUGCUGUCCAUCUUGUGCCUGGUGAUGAUCCUGUACACUCGCCGGCGCUGGUGCAAGCGCCGCCGGGUGCCCCAGCCCCAGAAGAGUGCCAGCGCCGAGGCAGCCAACGAGAUUCACUACAUUCCUUCUGUGCUGAUCGGAGGGCACGGGCGGGAGAGUCUGCGCAACGCCCGCGUGCAGGGCCACAACUCCAGCGGCACCCUGAGCAUCCGGGAGACACCCAUCCUGGAUGGCUAUGAGUACGACAUCACUGACCUGCGCCACCACCUGCAGAGGGAGUGCAUGAACGGAGGGGAGGACUUCGCCAGCCAGGUCACUCGCACCCUCGACUCCCUGCAAGGCUGCAACGAGAAGACUGGGAUGGACCUCACACCAGGAAGUGACAAUGCCAAGCUGUCACUGAUGAACAAAUAUAAAGAUAACAUCAUUGCGACCAGCCCUGUGGACUCCAACCACCAGCAGGCCACCCUGCUCUCUCACACCUCCAGUAGCCAGAGAAAGCGGAUCAACAACAAAGCAAGAGCUGGUUCCGCCUUCCUAAACCCUGAAGGGGACUCUGGCACAGAGGCAGAAAACGACCCCCAGCUGACGUUUUACACCGACCCCUCUCGGAGCCGGAGGCGCAGUAGAGUGGGCUCUCCCCGAAGUCCUGUGAAUAAGACCACCUUGACAUUAAUCAGCAUCACCAGCUGUGUGAUCGGCCUCGUGUGCUCCUCUCACGUCAGCUGCCCUCUCGUUGUCAAGAUCACCCUGCACGUUCCUGAGCACCUGAUUGCCGAUGGAAGCCGCUUCAUCUUGCUGGAGGGGAGCCAGCUGGAUGCCAGUGACUGGCUGAACCCUGCCCAAGUGGUGCUCUUCUCUCAGCAGAACUCCAGUGGGCCCUGGGCCAUGGACCUCUGUGCCCGGCGGCUCCUGGACCCCUGUGAACACCAAUGCGACCCCGAAACUGGGGAAUGCCUCUGCUACGAAGGUUACAUGAAGGAUCCAGUGCACAAGCACCUUUGCAUUCGGAAUGAAUGGGGGACAAACCAGGGGCCUUGGCCUUACACAAUAUUUCAGCGAGGCUUUGACCUGGUUUUGGGAGAACAGCCGUCUGAUAAAAUAUUCAGGUUCACCUACACCCUUGGGGAAGGCAUGUGGCUGCCCCUCAGCAAGAGCUUUGUGAUCCCACCAGCUGAACUGGCCAUCAAUCCAUCAGCAAAGUGUAAGACGGACAUGACAGUGAUGGAAGAUGCUGUGGAGGUCAGAGAGGAGCUGAUGACCUCGUCCUCCUUCGACAGCCUGGAGGUUCUCUUAGAUUCCUUUGGUCCAGUGCGUGACUGCAGCAAAGAUAACGGUGGCUGCAGUAAGAACUUCCGUUGCAUCUCAGAUCGCAAGCUGGACUCCACUGGUUGUGUGUGCCCAUCCGGACUCAGCCCCAUGAAGGACAGCUCUGGCUGCUAUGACCGCCACAUUGGAGUGGACUGCUCAGACGGCUUCAAUGGCGGCUGUGAGCAGCUGUGUCUCCAGCAGAUGGCGCCCUUCCCGGACGACCCCACCUCGUACAACAUCCUCAUGUUCUGCGGGUGCAUCGAGGAUUACAAGCUUGGUGUGGAUGGACGCUCUUGCCAACUCAUCACUGAGACCUGCCCAGAGGGAGGUGACUGUGGGGAAAGCAGGGAGCUUCCCAUGAACCAGACCCUCUUUGGGGAGAUGUUCUUUGGUUACAACAACCAUUCCAAGGAAGUAGCUGCUGGACAAGUGCUGAAAGGCACAUUCAGGCAAAACAACUUUGCUCGAGGUUUAGACCAGCAACUGCCAGAUGGUCUUGUGGUGGCCACUGUCCCCUUGGAGAAUCAGUGCCUGGAGGAAAUCUCAGAGCCCACCCCCGACCCCAACUUCCUGACUGGGAUGGUGAACUUCAGUGAGGUGUCUGGAUACCCCGCGCUGCAGCACUGGAAGGUGCGGUCUGUGAUGUACCACAUCAGGCUCAGCCAAGUGACCGUCUCGCAGGCCCUCAGCAAUGCUCUCCACUCCCUGGAUGGGGCUACGUCUCGUGGGGAUUUUGUGGCCUUGUUGGACCAGUUUGGCAACCAUUACAUCCAGGAAGCUAGCUACGGCUUUGAGGAGUCCUGCUCUAUCUGGUACCCAAACAAGCAGGUCCAGCGGCGACUGUGGCUGGAAUAUGAAGACAUCAGCAAAGGCAACUCCCCAUCUGAUGAGUCGGAGGAGCGGGAAAGAGACCCCAAGGUGCUGACGUUCCCGGAAUACAUUGCCAGCCUGUCGGAGUCUGGCACCAAGCGCAUGGCGGCUGGAGUCCGCAUGGAGUGCCAGAGCAAGGGACGAUGCCCCUCGUCCUGCCCUCUGUGUCAUGUGACAUCCAGCCCUGACACCCCUGCCGAGCCAGUUCUGCUGGAGGUGACCAGAGCAGCCCCCAUCUACGAACUGGUGACUAACAACCAGACCCAGAGGCUCUUGCAGGAGGCCACCAUGAGCUCUCUGUGGUGCUCAGGGACUGGAGAUGUCAUCGAGGACUGGUGUCGAUGCGACUCCACCGCUUUCGGAGCUGAUGGACUCCCCACCUGUGCGCCUCUCCCACAGCCUGUGCUGAGACUCUCCACGGUUCACGAGCCCAGCAGCACCCUCGUGGUCCUGGAGUGGGAACACUCAGAGCCUCCAAUCGGGGUGCAGAUUGUCGACUACCUCAUCCGUCAAGAGAAGGUCACUGACAGGAUGGACCACUCCAAAGUGGAGACAGAAACGGUGCUGAGCUUUGGGGACGACAUCAUCUCUGGAGCGAAGUCUCCUUGUGCCAUGCCUGCUCAGCUGCCAGACCAGCAGCUCACCACCAUCUCUCUGAUUAUACGAUGCCUGGAGCCCGACACCAUCUACAUGUUCACCCUGUGGGGAGUGGAUAACACAGGACGACGCUCCAGGCCAAGUGACGUGAUCGUGAAGACCCCCUGCCCCGUGGUGGAUGACGUCAAAGCCCAAGAGAUAGCAGACAAGAUCUACAAUCUUUUCAACGGCUAUACCAGCGGGAAGGAGCAACAGACGGCCUACAACACCCUUCUGGAUCUGGGUUCCCCCACCCUACAUCGCGUCCUCUACCACUAUAAUCAGCACUAUGAGAGUUUUGGAGAAUUCACCUGGCGGUGUGAGGAUGAAUUAGGCCCCAGGAAAGCUGGCCUCAUCCUUUCCCAGCUCGGGGAUCUCAGCAGUUGGUGCAACGGACUCCUUCAGGAACCCAAGAUAAGCUUGCGCCGCAGCUCCCUCAAGUACCUGGGCUGCCGCUACAGCGAGAUCAAGCCCUACGGACUUGACUGGUCAGAGCUCAGCCGGGACCUCAGGAAGACCUGUGAGGAGCAGACCCUGAGUGUCCCCUACAACGACUAUGGGGACAGCAAAGACAUCUAGUGCCGUGAUGCCAGAGAGCAGCUGCCAAAAGGAAGCAGGAGAGAGAAGGGGACAUUGGGGUUGGUUUGUGGCUUUUUAAUAUUUUUUAAUGGAACAUUGAAACCUCCACAGGUGACAUCUAAACCAGGGAGAGAGUGAUCCUCGCUCCCUGCAGAACUUCUUCAGUCUGAUGUUCUCCAUCUGCACGAUCAGUCAGCCUGCCCGCCAGCGGCUUCACGCGGUGCCAUUUCUCUUCAGGGGAUUACUUUGGGGCUUGUUUUGUGUGAAUUUGUUUUGUUCAUUUUUUUUCCAAGAGGUUCUUCAAAAUGCUCAAGAGUUCUGUCAUGCUUCCCAUGAAGGUCCCUCAGGUUGAGGCACCUCCUGCUCCCUGAGUUCCUGAGUCCCUGGCAAUUGGGGACAGAGAUGAGGCCAGAAGGUUGUUAGACCAGUCUCAGGCCCCAGCCUCAGGCAUUCCUCAGGAAGCAUCUGGGAACCUAAGCCCUGCUCACAGAGAAAGACAGUAAGAACAUUGGGAAGGCCGCCCCGCGUAGGUCUCGUGGUUUUCCCUCCAGGCCUUCCUGUUGCUGUGUUCACACCGCACAGGUGAAGCCAGCCUCCGGUGUGGGCUCCAGUGGGCCCUGGAUUUUUAGGUCCUUCCUCAUUUUAAGACAGGACUGGAAUUAAGUCUCCUUGUGCUUCUGCCCUCUCCUCCAAACAAUAUGAUCUUUAAGAGGCAACAAAAUGCUACCUGUCAAAUGCACCUUCAGAGUAGUCUUCCUGAGAGACUAGUUAGCAGUGCACAUUCUAGAAAAGAAGUGUAGUUCAUUGUUUUAAAAAUCACCUGUGCCUCCAGGAUGAACUUCUCCAGACUGCCAGUAUACAUCACACGUCAGGAUUCUCUUCAGUGUCGCCCCGCUUACCCUGGGCAGAUAAGCCUUGGUUGAUAUCUGCUGUGGUCCAGGAGGGGUUAACACCUCCAUGUCAGUGUUUUGGUGAACUAAGGCUAUUACUGAUCGCAGAAAACUUCUGUCCACUCCCUUCUUGCUGAACUUGCUUAAUUAUGUUGCUAGUUUUGCAGAUCAUUGCUCUGGAUGACCAUCAGCAGGAUUCCACCAUUUUCCCCUCCCAUCUAGUGGCGGGAGGAGCAGUGAUUCUGUGUAGACAAGCUCCACUGACUGCAGGUAAGGGCCGGCCCCUAUCUCUGCCCCGCUGGCCGAGCGUUGGCGUGGGCAUAGUGGUGGCCCAGCUGACAGGAAGCCCAGCCUUGCAGCAAGAGCUUUGCAGGGCCUUGUGGACCAGCGAUGGCCUUAGCUGUCCCCACACACCUCAGAGGCCUGAACACACUCUUUCAGCCACCCGGCCUUUGACCAGGGCUCCUCGUGUGGAAACACAGGAGAAAGGUCAGGAAGGAGAUGCAGGAUCCACAAGGCCGGUCAGUGAGCCAUACUGAUUUUUUUCUAAACAGUAAUAACGACAGAUCGCAUUCAUUGAGUGCUUACU